UACAGCGGGGGGGACCCUCCCACCCACUCUCCCCCAUUUCAAUCUUUUCAGUCCUGUAACUACCCUAAGAUCUAGGACAGAGAGUGCAAUCCUGAUGUCCCAGGGAUGUGAGAGCCCCAGGCCUAACACAGCCAGGCUGUGUGACCUUGGGUCAAUCAUUUCCCUGCCCUGAGCCUUGGUUUCCUCCGUCAGCUAGGGGAGACCCUUAGCCGCCUCUCAGUUCUGUUGGAUUUUGGAGUCAGGCAGAGAGCAGAGUCAGUCCUACUCUGACCCAUUUAACUUCUGGGCCCUCUGACAAGUCCCUGAGGCUCUCUGAGUCUCAAUUUCCCCAUCUGGACAUAAAACUUUCCUGCUAAGGAAGGCAAGAUGGCAUUUGGGACUAAGAACAGGCUCUCCUCUCCAGCCCUAUGACCCUAAUCAAAAUAGUGAAUCUCCCUGGCCCUCAGUUUGCAGCUGAAGUGGGGUGAUAACAGCCCCUCCCUGGUAGGGUUGGGGAGAGGGUGGGAUGAGAAUGGUGACGACCUGCUUGGCAUCCCUGCCUGGCCUGUGGGAAGCGCUGGGUGAAUAUGCUCUGAGGUCUGUCACGAAUAGUGCUGGUUAUGUUCUUGCUGCCUGUGGCUUCCAGCAGGGGCUUUGUACUCCACGAGCCUUGCUUGUCUCGUCUGGGAGGGAACAGCUCGCACCUUAGUGGGUCAGGUCGGAAGUGAAAUGACAGAUGUGGGCUCCCUACACAGAGUCGGUGCUCAGCAAACAUUGGCUUAUGUGUUUAGGAGUUGAAAAGGGCCAGCAAAUUGAAAUCAGGCUACACAUGACCCUGGCUGGACUAGAACCUUGCUUGAAUUCCUCCAGUGGGGGGGGGGGGGUGCCCCCUACCUCCUUGAGGAGGCUCCUCAGCUUCCCAGCCGCCCUCGCUCAACCACUCUACAGGAGGAAGAAAAGUGAGGCACAGAGAGGGCCAGUGAGUGCUCCAAGGUCACACAGCAGGUUUGAGAUGGCAGGAAGCCAGCCCCCGUGCCCCUGGCUCUUUUCUCUCUCUCUUUCUCUUAUUUUAAGUUUGUCCUUUAUUUAAGUAAUCUCUAUACCCAGUGUGGGGCUCAAACUCAUGACCCCAAGAUCAGGAGUCGCAUACUCUUCCAGUUGUGCCAGCCAGGCGUCCCAACCCUUUGCUCUUUUUAUCUUGACCUUGGGGAGCUCACAGUGUGAUGGAGGAGGCAGACAGAGGUACAGUUGUCUUAAGCUCAAGGGACGGUGAGCUGUAAUGGAGGUAGCCCAGGGCACUGUGCGUCUAGGGAAUCAGGAUCAGAAUCAGAAUCAGGAUCAGCUGAUCCAUCCUGGGGGAUCAGGGACGACUUCCAGAGGAACUGGCAGAACAGUCUUUUCGGAAGUACAGAGCUUCAUGUAUGGAGUCUCAGCGAGAGCUCCGCCCCUACUCUCUGAGGCCUGCCACUGAGAGGGGCAAGGCUGGUGGCUCUGGGAUCAGCCUUCCAGGCUCUCCCUCGGGUAGCUCCACAGUGACUGGGGAGACGGAGGUGGACCCACACAGUCCUCCCCCAGAGCACCCUGUGCUAGAAUGGGAGGAUUCACAGACGUCGUAGCCCGAAGAGGGGGGACUGAUCUGAUCUGGGGUGAGGGAAAGCUCCUUCCAUGCUAGGGUGAGAGAAAGAUUGACAAGUAACUGGUGGACACGGGAUCUGGACUGUAGGCCUCAGGCCUCAGAAGUCUGGAAGCGUGUGAGGCUGAGCGGCCACAACUCUGUGCUGGGGAGACUAGGGAGGGGCAGGGGAAGGCUGAGAGGUUCAGGAAGAGGUGGGAACCAUGGUCCAGCAAAAGCAGUGCUGGCCAGGCCUGUCAUGUCAAAUCUCCUGGAAGCCACAUUAAAAAAGUAGAAGGAAAACAGAUGAAAUUCAUUUCCACCAUAUAGUUUAUUUAGCCAUUAUGUCUGAAAUGUCGUGUUUUCGACAGACUACCACUGAGACCUUUGACAUCCUCCCUCUUUGUACGAAGUCCUCAAACGCCAGUGUGGAUUUCGUGCUCCUGGUCCCGCUCCCCUUGGACCUGCCACAUCUCAUGUGCUCCUUAGUCACAUGUGGCUGGUGGUUCUGUAUUGAACACGGCAGGGCGAAGGGCGUGGAUGGCGUCGGGGCGCCCCGAGGAGCUGUGGGAGGCGGUGGUGGGGGCCGCUGAGCGCUUCCGGGCCCGCACAGGCACGGAGCUGGUGCUGCUGACUGCUGCGCCACCCCCGCCGCCCCGCCCGGGUCCCUGUGCCUAUGCAGCCCACGGCCGUGGGGCUCUGGCCGAGGCCGCCCGCCGCUGCCUCCACGACAUCGCCCUGGCCCACAGGGCCGCCGCCGCUGCCCGGCCCCCCGCACCCCCGCCAGCACCACAGCCACCCAGUCCUGCGCGGAGCCCACCUCGGCCUACCCUGGCCAGGGAGGAUGACGAUGAAGAUGAGGACGAGCCAACAGAGACUGAGACCUCUGGGGAGCGGCUGGGUGUCAGCGACAACGGAGGGCUCUUUGUGAUGGACGAGGACGCCACACUCCAGGACCUGCCCCCCUUCUGUGAGUCGGACCCCGAGAGCACAGAUGAUGGCAGCCUGAGUGAGGAGACCCCUGCUGGCCCCCCAGCCUACUCAGUGCCCCCGGCCUCAGCCUUGCCCACACAGCAGUAUGCCAAGUCCCUGCCCGUGUCCGUGCCCGUCUGGGCCUUCAAGGAGAAGAGGACAGAAGCACGGUCAUCGGAUGAGGAGAACGGGCCGCCCUCUUCGCCGGACCUGGACCGCAUCGCGGCGAGCAUGCGCGCGCUGGUGCUGCGGGAGGCCGAGGACACCCAGGUCUUCGGGGACCUGCCGCGGCCGCGGCUCAACACCAGCGACUUCCAGAAGUUGAAGCGGAAAUACUGAGGCCGGGGGAGAGCGCUUCCCGGCCCAGCGUCCGCCCCGCCCCACACUACACCCCUGCCCCGCCCCCGGGGCCGGCCAAUCCGAGUCCGACCCGGGACCGGCCUCUCAGGUCCCCGGGGCCCCGGGAUUGCCCCCUCCCUCCCAAUCCCUGCCGUCCUUCCCUCCACGACCCUCUCACGCGCCGAGGAGCGGGACCUAUCUAGUUUCCCUAUUGGGUUUGUCGCCGCUUUCUUUGCCCGGCGACAGAUUCGUUCGAUUAAGGGAUUGGGUCGCUCCCAAAUCGGGGCGUGGCUAGUUUAAAGCCCUCGCAGGGGUUACCCGUCGUUUUUUUGCCUAGCAACAAGGGCUUUGCCCGCGCGGCAUUGGUUGAAAGAGAACAGUCAAGCCCCAGGAUUGGGUAGUGGCAAGCCAGUUCGGCCUAGAGAAUGGGCAACUCCUUCAUUUGAUUGGCUCGAACCCAAAGGGCUUAACCAAUAUCCUGGGAGUAGCCAUCCCCCCGCCCCACUUCCUGGGUUUUCCCCGCCUGAUUGGUUCUAGCCUCCUGAGGGCGUGGCCAAACCUUCCUCCUGUACCCAGGAUUGGCCUGCGGCCUUAAAUUUAUGUUCUUUACACUACUGGGACUGGGGUCGUUUCUGACCGAGUCCUGACUACGUACCCCUCUGCCCCCUUCCAGGGCUGGCCCAAUCCUGUCCCUGCAUCUGACACCCUCUCAUUGGUUCCAUCCCAUAACAGCCUGCCAAUCGUAGUCCCGUCCUUGUACCCAAGGACGGCACCAGCUCCCGCCCCUCUCCCCCCACCCCCACAGGUGCCUUAAAGGGCCCUCGUCCACCCAAGGUGGGGGGCAGGGGCCCUCGCUCUCCGGCCCUUGUGUGGGGGAGAGAGUCGUGGGUGGGGAUCGGGAGUUGGGAGGGGUGGUCUGAGAUUAAAGAGUUUUAUCUCUGA